UCGCCUCCACCGUCUCCGACCUUUCCAUCAAGAACAUCGAGACCCGAUGGCACAAGCUCCCCGAGUGCGAGCAGGGCGCCAUUGCUGAUGUUCUCGCUGAGGCCCAGAAGGGUGACUGGAAGAAGCUCUCUCUGGAUCAGAAGCGUGCUGCCUACUUUGUCGCCUACGGCACCUACGGCCCCCGCACCCUCCCUGACCCCAUCCUGAAGUACAAGGUUGCCACCUGGGUCGGUUCCUUCCUCCUCCUCACCUACGGCCUCUGGGCCUACUACGUCAACGAGUACACCCCCAAGCUCGUCACCCAGACUCCCGAGUGGCAGGAGGACGAGAAGGUCCGUGCCAUCGAGGCCAAGCAGAACCCCUACUACGGUCACUACGCCGAAUACCUCAAGUCUCAAUCCAAGUAGAUUUCCAAUUUUGUCUACCCAGGAACUUGUUCUGAUGCCUGACCAUAUACGAGUUUACAGCUCAGACAAAAACAAAUGUGACACCCAAUUUUUCGCCUCAUCACUGUAAUUAGUUAACCAGUGUUUGUCAUCGGCCGGGGAGGGUGACUCGCUGAAUCAUCAUAUCGCCGCUUUGCCGUCAGUCGCCGGCGACAAGUUCAGAUAGCGUGCAUCUCCAUGGACAUUGAUAUACCGCGAUCCCCUUGAGCGACGAUCGACUGGGCUUGCCAUGCCAUUGGCGAGCUGUGAACUGAUCCAGAUGACGACUCGUCGCC